AUGACGGCGGAGUGCAACUCGAGCGACGAGAGGCUGCUAAGAAUCACAGGUUCCCGAAGGCCGUCAUGGAACAGGACUAAACUUGUCAUAUGCACCUACAACUGCAGGUCUAUGGCAGAGUGGCAAGAACUGAACCACCUAAUGGAGGAGAGGAAGAAGAUCAGGUGCGACGUGUUAGGGCUGUGUGAGACACGCUGGAAGAAGGAAGCGAGUAUACGAUGGCAAGAUAGAUGCAUUGUGAGAUUAGGAAGAGCAGAAGGGGCUAGAUCGGUUGGAGGUAUAGGAUUCAUCGUAAGUAAGGAAUGGGCUUCGAGGGUCGCUUCUUGCCACUUCAUAUCAUCACGGAUUGGUGUACUAAAUGUGAACCUCUCAGAGAAGGCCACCCUCAAGAUUGUCCAGACCUAUGCUCCCACAAGUGCCAGCGACGACGACGAGGUGGAAGAAUUCUAUCGACAACAAGACAAAGGGCUGGCUAUGAAGUCCACUUACACUGUCGUGAUGGGAGACUUCAACGCAAAGGUUGGACAUGGACGACAAGGAGAGGAGUACGUCGGGAGAUUUGGCAUGGGAGAGAGAAACGAGAGAGGAGAACGUUUGGCUACCAUGGCAGAGGCGAGGCAGCUCUACAUCGAAAACAGCCUAUUCAGGAAGAGGGAGAGGAAGAGAUGGACUUGGAUAUCGCCGAACUCUAAGCACCGAAGCGAGAUCGACUACAUCCUGGUUGAUAAGCGACGCAUAUUGCAUGACGUCUUCGUCGUGACGCCAUUCAACACCGGCAGCGAUCAUCGUCUGGUAAGGGCGAGGGUCGUCAUCGACGAGAAGAGGGAGAAGAUGGCGUUAUAUUUGGCGUCGAAGGGAAAACGUGUCCGAGUCUACAACGAGGCAAAGCUGCAGGAAGCCAUCAUGCAGGAAGACUGGUGCCAAGGAGACGACAUAGACGAUGACUACAACUCACUGAUAGGGAAACUGAAGGAGUGUUUAAGGAAGGCUAAGGGUGUAUGCCCAAAAGAAAAGAAGGGAAGAAUCUCGGAAGAAACUACGAAGUUACUCGAGAAGAGGAAAAAUAUGAAGAGGACUAUUGAAGAUCACCUUGAAUAUUCCAUUCUCAGCAGAGUGAUUCGUCAGCAACUAAAGAAAGACUUUGAGGCAUACCGGAUGGAGAAGCUCUUGAAGGCCGCAGAGGAAAAAAAGAGCCUCAAGAAAUGCAAGAGGGACAUGGUACUAUAUAGAUCGGAGGUGACGGCCCUGAAAAAUACAGAUGGAAUACCGGUCAACGAGAAGAGCGAGAUCGAAAAAGUUUGUGAAGACUUCUACACCAAGCUCUUUAAGUCUACCAGAAAUGUCCAGCCGUUACCACCACUCCAACAGGAAGAACACGUGCCCCCUAUCCUUGUCAGUGAGGUUGAAAGAGCCAUCGGCUCGAUGAAAAACGGAAAGGCUCCAGGGAAAGACGGUAUACCAUCGGAGGUGCUAAAGUCAGACAGAGAGCAGCUCUGGAAAAUCCUCGCUGAACGAUUUACGCACUAUCUAGACGAAGGAAGAAUUCCCUCGCACUGGAAAGAGUCAAAUACCAUCCUGCUGUAUAAGAAGGGCGACAGAGAAGAUCUAAAGAACUACCGACCCAUAUGUCUGCUGUCUCACGUGUACAAGCUGUUCACGAAGAUAAUUCUGAACAGGUUGUCACGUCGUCUCGACGAACAACCGAGGGAACAAGCAGGCUUGCGGAAGAACUACAGCACGAUGGACCAUAUAUUUACUCUAACGCAACUGCUUGAGCGAGCAAAUGAGUACAAACUGCCUCUUGGCGUUGCGUUUAUAGAUUAUGAGAAGGCCUUCGAUAGCGUCGAAACCAACGCAGUGCUGAACUCGCUGCAGAGGGUCUACCAAAUGUCCCCUAUUCGAAGUAAUAAAGUAGUUCUGAGUGAAUCCUGUCAGACGUUCUCUACAAUGGUACGGCUUGUCAGUGCAUAG